GCCUUACCUGUGUCCGUGACAACACGGAAGCAUGUCCAGUAGGCUAAUUGCUAAGCGCUGAGUGACCGCUCCUUUGGCCAAUCAGUACACGGGAGCGCGUUUUGUGUCAGUUUAGCCCGUGGUGCGGUUUCGUUGAGAUGUCUUUACCCAGGGGGCUUAAUAGCCGGCUCGCUGCUAUUCUUCUGUGGUUGUUAUGCGAUGUGUCGUGGGGAGCCUAUCUUGCAGAUGAACUCGAUGCCCGUCCAGGGUUGGCAGCAUUGGCUGCUCGCAAUCGAAGGAGCUUGGAACAGAACAGGACGCCGGCAGUCGAUGGAACUUGUCAGGAGAAAUGGGCCUUUCAGGGCGCUCUGGAAAACGAUACACACACGUGCCAGUUUGACCUUAGUGGCGAACUUUCUCUGAUGUGGAUUGGUGAUGGAACUGGGAUUAUACUUGUUUUGACCACAUUUCGGAUACCCCUGUUUGUCAUGACAUAUACACAGUCUAAACUGUAUAGGAGCAAUGAUUAUGGAAAAACCUUCCAGGAUGUUACAUCUCUCAUCAACCAUACUUACAUUCAUUCUGAAUUUGGCAUGGCUAUAGGGCCUGACAACUCUGGCAAGGUCAUCCUGGUUGCUGAUGUUUCUGGUGGUAGCAAAGGUGGCCGUAUAUUCAGAUCCUCAGACUCUGCACAGAUCUUUGUUCAAACAGAUCUUCUAUUUCAUCCCCUGGUAUCAGUCUCUUACAGCACAGAAAAUUCUAACUUCCUGUUGGUGCUUAGUGUUGAUUUUGGGUUAUGGAUUUCAAGAGAUUUUGGAGAAACGUGGAAGGAAAUCCAUCAAUCUGUGUGUUCUGCAAAGUGGGCAGCUGGAAACACAAUUCACUUUACCACAGCUAGAAACAACUCCUGUAAAGCAGACUUCCGAUUAAUGACUUUGAAGAGAACAUCAGAUUUUGGGCAAACUUUUCGGGUGCUAAAAGAACGUGUCCACUCCUUUGGACUGUGGGGUCGUUUUUUGCUUGCUUCUGUAGUGGAGUUGGAUGGACUAAAGAGGAAAAUUCAUGUUUCUCAGAAUCAAGGGAAUACAUGGAAUGUGGCUCAGCUGCCAGCUGUGACAUAUGAACAAUUCUACUCUGUGUUGGCAGCUACCGAUGACAUGGUGUUUAUCCAUGUGGAUGAUGAAGGAGACACUGGAUGCGGUACUAUAUACACAUCAGAUGACCGCGGUAUUUUAUAUUCAAAAUCACUGGAGCGCCAUCUGUAUACAACAACAGGAGGGGAGACUGAUUUUACCAAUGUGACAUCCUUGCAUGGAGUCUUCAUUACCAGUGUUCUUUCUGAAGACAACUCUAUCCAUUCUGUGAUCACUUUUGAUCAGGGGGGUGAAUGGAGUCCCCUAAGGAAGCCUGAAAACGCACAGUGUGACUCAACAGCUAAAGAUAAGGAGCAGUGCAGUCUACAUAUACAUGCUCAGUACAGCAUUUCCCAGAGAUUGCCAGUGCCCAUGCCACCCUUGUCUGAACCUAAUGCUGUGGGGAUCGUCAUUGCUCAUGGUAGUGUGGGAGAUGCAGUAUCAGUUUCUCGCCCUGGAGUGUAUCUUUCUGAUGAUGGAGGGUACUCCUGGAGCAGAGUGCUGGAUGGGCCUCACCAUUAUGCUAUUCUGGAUUCUGGAGGACUCAUUGUGGCUGUAGAACAAAAUGAUGAUUCUGUCAACACAGUCAAGUUCUCCAUAGAUGAGGGCCAGUGCUGGUUCUAUUACAAGUUCACGAAUGAUUCUUUCAUAUUUACUGGCCUAGCAUCUGAGCCAGGUGCUCUUUCUCUGAAUGUGACCAUAUGGGGAUAUCAGCCUGGUGUUAUUCGCCACAUCUGGAUGUCUUACACUAUUGAUUUUGCUCAUCUUUUACACAAAGACUGUGAAGAAAAGGAUUACAUUUUGUGGCUGGCACACUCAACUGAUCCUCAGGCACCUUUGGAUGGUUGUGUUUUGGGAUACAAGGAGCAGUAUUUUCGGCUACGCAAAUCUUCAGUGUGCCAGAAUGGGCGUGAUUAUACAGUGAGCAAAGUACACACACCUUGUGCUUGCACCCUGGAUGACUACAUGUGCGAUUUUGGUUAUUAUCGUAACGAGAAUGAAUCAGAGUGUGUGGAGCAGUCAGAGCUAAAGGGACAGGAACUGGAUCUGUGUGUAUAUGGAGAAGAAGAGAAGCUUACCACUAGUGGUUAUCGAAAGAUUCCUGGAGACAAGUGUACUGGAGGAGUACAAUUUAAGCGAAUGGAGAUUGACAUGAAGAAGAAGUGCUUGAACGUAGAAAAUACAGAGGUGCACACUUCAAGUUUAGUACUGGUAUUCCUCUCCGUGGCUUUUGUUAUGCUUGUUGCAGUCAUCGCUGUUGUUCUGAUAAUUAAGAAACAUGUCUGCGGUGGGAGGUUCCUGGUACACAGAUAUUCUAUUCUGCGGCAGAACAUGGAUUCUCAGGGUGAUGAUCCAUUGGACUCUGACUUUGGGCCACCUCAUAGGGGAUCUGGUUUCCAUGAUGACUCAGAUGAGGACCUUUUGGAGUGACUGUUCAACCACAGGAUUUUGGAUAAAAAUAAUACGGAAAGUUCCUGAUUUUAUAUGUAUAAUGGUGUAACCAUGUCACUGCAAGAUGAGGCUCUGUGAGCUGAAGAACACUGGCCUGAACCAAAAUUCUGUUUCUCCAUUUCCAGUGUGAGACUAAAUGUAGAUUUAAAGCUACCUUUGAAAUCAGGAAUGCGGGUGAUGAUGCAGAUACAUUGAUAAGGUGGUGGAAAUAUAAUGGCUAAAACAUUGCAGAUGUGUAGUUAAUAUUUAAGGUUCUACAUUGCAAUACUAAAUGCUUGGGCAAUUCCUUUUAACAUUCGUGCCCUGUUUUUUUUUUCUCCACAGAUCCAUAAACUAGCGCUCCUAUAUAUAGGCAACAAGCUUUCUCAGCUAUGGUUGUGCUGGGUUUAGUAAUCUAAGUAGAGAGAGCUGCUAUGAUCAAUGUUUUUACUUUCUUUCAAAUGUAUUUAAUUUCUUGGUCUCUGUCCCAGAUCUGGUGAAGAACUUGAAUUUCUAUGUGUAAAACAACUUUAUCUACUUUGAUUUCAAGCAAUACUGUAUUUUGAACACUGAAUCCACGUCUCUCUCCCAGUAGGGGGAAGUCUAAUUUUUAACAUAAGUACUGUUGAAAAAAAAAAAAAACUACUUGGUUGGUACUAAGUGUUUUUCUCUUGGUAUCUGGGGGCUUAGUUGUGAUGCUGGAUUGCCCAAAGAAAGAGAUGCAAAAAUGAUCUUUAUUCCUAAUAUAUAGGAGAUAAGGACCUCAUAAUGAGAUGUGAACUUAUGAUACAUGAAGUACUUUGAUCACUGCUAGCAUUGAUUUAAAAUGUUGUACUGGAAAGAUUUGGUGACAAUCUUUUGCAUUUCCAUUGGUGUAAAGUGACCCAUAGCAUUCUAAGGUAUUUUAAUUACUGCUUUUAAGUUAGUCAUAUUGCCUUGUGUGCCAUAGCCAUAUCUAUUAAAACUUGUAAAUCAAGCCAUAGAUUCCAGAUAAUGUUGUAUAAACUAAUGUUAUUGAGUUUUUUCUUGGUGAGGGUCAACUUUAAAACACAGGGAUCUGGAGCCAUCUGUGUAAACACAUUUGCUGUAUUGUUCUGCUGUGUUCCACACUGCAGGGCAGCCCAUGAAUAAACUGCUGUCAUGUUUUCCAGUAGGUCAGCAUCCACAGGAAUAGAGAUCAGAGUGUAAAAAAAACGAGCAAGAGCAAUUUUUAUUUCAUUCAGCCUUGAUCUGUGUUUUCGUGGGUACAGGCCUAUUUGGGCAAUAAUGCAUGCAGCUAAUAUAUCCAUUGCUGUGUUGUGUGUAUGAAGUAUGUGGUUUCUGAAAAAUGGUUGUAUAUUUGUAGGCCAGUUACUUGAAAGACUUAAUCUGUAUAUUGCGGUACAUCUGUAAAAAAUAAAUGAAAAAGUAAAUAAACUUGUUAAGAUUUU